CUUGGCGACGCACGAUGGAACCCGACGCUGACUUUGACCGGGCGCUCGAUGUAGCCCUCGGCUUUGCCCCCCAAGCGACCGCAGACGACCGUGCUCGUGCGAUGGCUUUCCUCGCGCCCUACAAGACGCAGCUCGUAGCGCUACAGCUGCUCCAGACCUCAACCGACGAGAAGCGUCUGUGGUUUGCAGUGGCAACGUUAGAAGGUCUUGUGCGAUCGCCGGUCGAGCUCGACUUGCAGCAGCUCGUAAGCUUCAUUUGGACAGCUGUACUUGAGCCAGCACCCGGGAUGCCGUCGUACGUCGUGUCGAAGCUGCGGGUUGUGCUUGUCUACGUCGUCUUGCGCCAAGACGCGUUGAUCCAAUUUCUCAGCCAGCUUCAUGAAACAAUUGCGGCUCCAAAGUCGUCAACGUACCACCACGCGGGCCUCGAGUUGCUCGCCGUCGUGUGCGAAGAAAUUUGCGUCUCGCACGACGACGCACGAGGGCUCUUUCCGACACUCACAAAGGACCGAACGCGGCAGCGCGCGCAGUUCCAGACGCAGCUCGACGCGCUCGUCAAUUUGACGACGAACGUGCUAUCGGAUGUCGCGUCCAAGCUGCAGGCACCGUUGCCCCACACUGCUGCUUUCCACGACGCGGUGGCCACCACCGCGCUGCGCAUCUUGGGGCAACUCUAUACACUGGACAUGCCGCAAUACGCAACACCGGCCACCCUUCAAAACACGAUCGAUUUGCUCUUUGCGCUCGCGGCGAACCGCGCCAAGGUUGCAGACAGCGCUCGCUUCGCCAUGGAUACGUCGUCCCAAGCCGCUUGUGACACGCUUGUGGUCUUCGUGGCGAAGAAAUGGGCGCACCAGGUCACGGAUGUGGUCAUCGAACGUGUCCUUUGCGGGCUCCUCUCGCUCCUGGAAUGCUGCGACGCAUCCGCAAUGGCAGCCAUGGCGGAGCCAUACCUCGACAAAGUCUCGGGCCUCACGGAGGCAUUUCUCACGAAACAUUUGCGCCGGCUUGAAUCCCCCACGCUUGCUUCGGGACUCACUGACCUUCUUGCUGCCGUACUGCGUCUCACGCAGCACCAGCCGCACGUUUCAGGCCUCUUUCACUGCCUCACAGUCUGGGAAAUCUUUGUCUCCCACGUCGAGGAAGCCGAAGCCCAUGGAGCGCUGCAGCCCGCGCUACUGCGGUCGUACGAAGGCGGUCUCGUUGGUGUCAUGAUGCACUUGGUGGACCGAAUGCUCUAUUCGACGAAUGAGGCCCAACUCGAAGAACUUGAUGACGAGCCACAGCCAGCGCCCGAGGCUCUACCAGUCGCCGUUGGCGUCGAGCUUGCAGGUGAAAGCGACAACUUGCUCAACGCGAUCCGCACCGGCGCCCUCCAAGACCAGGCGCAAGAGUCCGCAGAGAUGUCGGAUCUUAAGGCCUUCGUCUUCGAGUGCUUCUCGCUCGUUCGCCGGAUUGCGCAGUUACCGUUCUGUGCGCCGCCGCUGCUUGAGAAGAUGCUACCAAUCGUGCAAGCGCAAUCUGCACAUUUUUUGGAGAUCCAUGCUGCGCCAAUUCCGUCGGGCGAUGCCAAGCAAGCUCAAAUGAUUGCGGUCCGCGAUUUGACUGUGUCAUGCGCGCUUUUAUCGUGCGUCGCGGCACAACACUACAGCGCGAGCAACGCCAUUUCGGACAAGAUGGCAGGCUGGUCGAUUUUGCGCCUCUUCUUGCAGCUCGCCGAGUACAUUGUGGGACACCGACUGCAUACGCGUGGUCCUGCCUUUGUCGAGCUCGAGUGUGAGGUCCUUGCGUGCGUUCGGCUCUGCAUGAGCUGCGUUCCAUUCGUGCUCCAGUCAGGUGCGACAAACGACGUGCUCAACGUCAUGGAGUCGGUCGUUCAAGUCAUCCUCCAAACGCUUGAUACGUCGAUUGUUCCGUCUCCAUCGGCUGUCAUGCAAGCGGCUCUUCAUCUGCUUGCAAGCGUCGGUGCGGUUGUUCCGCAUGGCCUUCACGGGUCGAUCGCAGCCAUGGCGACUUUGCGCUCGACGCUUCCUCGCUUCAGCCUACAUCUUCCGCCUCUCAUUCAAGCCAACUUGUACACGGCGGUUUCCAACGCGAUUCUGCAGCCAUCAGCGACCGAGGUCGAGUGGGUGUCCGCAUACGAGGCGAUCGUUGCUCCUGUCGUCACUUCGUUUGUCGAGUCGACGGUCGCGCUGCAGCAAAAUGACCAGCGCGUUGGGAGCACAUCGCUCUUGACGCAGCUGACGCGAGAUGUGUCAAUCUGCCGUGCGCUUGCGACGUCGAUUCGCCUCAAGCCCAAGGCCAUGAAGUUGUCCUUCGCGACGCACGUGAUGCCCGUCAUGUCCACUGCUCUCUCGCUCGUGCGCCUGUACCUCACGUACCUGCACCAGAAUGUAAACACGCCGAAAGCACCUCUUGCAACGGCUGUCGGCGCAACGAACGAGCUUGUCGGGCUCUAUACGGAUGUGCUCAACUCAAUUCGGAAGGAAAUGCCCACGGAGCUCAUUCACCGCAUCAUCGCGACCUUCGUCGAGCUCUUCCAGCACGCGCCACUUACUGCGGCGCUCGAAUCGCUCGGGGCUUCAGGCACUGCCGUGCUCUGCGGCUUCCUGAAACUGCUUCGCAUUCUCGUCGAAGAGAGCACCUCCACGUUUGCAAACCUUCUCCAGAGCAUUUUGGAUCUGUGUUUCGGCCCGCUGCACGAGCUCAUUUUUGCGCACAAGCACUAUGACACGGUCGUCCCAUUCUUCAUCGCUCUCAUGGAGCAGAUCUUGGAGAAGCACUACCGCUUCUUUGUGGUGUCCCGAAUGACAUUUGACGACGCGGGCGCCGACGCAAGGCAUUCGCGAACGACGACGCCCGCCGGUACUUCGUGUCGAUACUUCAAGCCGUCGGGACGAUCUUUACCCAAGCCGCGCUGCCGCCAUACGUGUGCAAGCAAAUUGUCCAGCUCCUCGAGCGCAUUCACAAGACGCACCAGCUCUUCGAUUUUGACGCGUUUCAAGACCAAGUGCGUCUGCCGUAUCUGCACACGCUUUUGAAGCUUCUCAUCAGCGGUCACGUGGACCUCCUCCGCGAAGAGCUUUGUGUCCUUCUCUUUCGCAUUGCGUCCGUGGACUUCCCAAGCUUUUACAACAACGCGCUCCACGCCUUUAUCGCGGAGACGUUCCCGAACCUUGAUGCGAGCCAAACGGAGCGCGUGCUCAGCAGCUGGGCAGGCCAAAGCGACGAGCCGAGCUUUCUCCAAGAACUUGCCAAUUUCCUCAACGACGUCCGCGUGAUCCAGAAUGAGCGCCAAACAGCAUAACGCGCGUUCGCAGUCAAACCGAUAAACGAUUGAAUGAUAGCAUGGGUCAUGCA